AUCACUCUCACUCUUUUUUAAGAGUCAAACUCAGCCAUGUUCUUCUGAACCUUCUCUUCAAACCAGACCCCCCAUCAAGCUCACCACCAUGUCAAUGGCCUUGUUUUCCCCUCCCAUUCCAACCCACCUUCCAACCCUCUCACCCAAACCCAAUUUCACGCUCAAGCCAAGUCUCUUUCUGAGAUCCAAGAAGCACCAACUCUUGCUUCUGUCUGCAAAGGCCACAGAAAAUGGUGCCGGGACUUCAAUCUCUGCCACCACUGUGGAGCCUGAAAAGGCAGAGGAGAAGGCCCCAGAGGCUGCUGUUUUGGAUUCACAGCCUAAUGGGGCUGCAGCUGCUGGGGAUGUGGUACUGGUGACUAAAUUUGAGGACCUCAAAUGGGUUGGAGGGACCUGGGAUUUGAAGCAGUUUGAGACUGAUGGCAAGACCAACUGGGAUGCUGUUAUUGAUGCUGAGGUUAGGAGGAGAAAAUGGCUUGAAGACAACCCAGAGUCAUCCAGUAAUGAUGAUCCUGUAGUUUUUGACACCUCUAUCAUACCUUGGUGGGCAUGGAUAAAGAGGUUCCAUCUUCCUGAAGCUGAACUACUCAAUGGCCGUGCCGCAAUGAUAGGGUUCUUCAUGGCUUAUCUGGUGGACAGCUUGACCGGGGUAGGUCUCGUCGACCAAAUGGGCAACUUCUUCUGCAAAACUCUAUUAUUCGUAGCAGUGGUGGGAGUACUUCUAAUCCGAAAGAACGAGGAUUUAGAAACCCUGAAGAAGCUCGUGGAUGAGACAACCUUCUAUGACAAGCAGUGGCAAGCAUCCUGGCAAGAUGAGACCCCUAGCAGUUCCAAGAAUGACUAGUGUAAACGUAGUUCAUGAGUUUGUUCUUUUCAAAAUCCCGUCUAUCUUCACUUUCAUAUUGUGUUGCUGCAAAUUUUCUUUUCUAGUAAAGAGUGAUUGAUCUGAAUCUCUAUCCUCCUUUGUGUUCUGAGUUUCUUCAAGUAUAAUUAUUAGCUUUCAAUGGCUUCAAAAUGUC